AUGGACGAGCAGACUGAAGGGGUGGAUGCUAAGAAUGGGAAAGUGAAGGAGGGCGAAGAAGAAGAAGUGGUCGAAAAGGGGGAGGUAGGUAGCGAAGAUGAGGAGGAAGGAAGCGAAGAUGAGGAGGAAGGAAGCGAAAAGGGGGAGGUAGGAAGCGAAGAUGAAGAUGCAGAAAGCGAAGAUGAAGAUGCAGAAAGCGAAAAUGAGGAGGAAGGAAGCGAAGAUGAGGAUGCAGAAAUCGAACGUGAGGAACCCCCCAAGAGGGACGGCCCGAACGACCACGACAGCAGCAGCGUCAUCGACCGGAACACGCUGUGGAGUGACUUAUACAUCUCUAGGCCAUUCCUAAAGGUGCUGUACGAGGGCAAAUUCAACAACCCCACGUUUAUCCAGCGAGAUGUAAUACCGCUAGCCCUGGAGGGGAAAAGCAUUUUAGCUAACUCCGAAACGGGUUCAGGAAAAACGCUAGCCUUCGUGUUGCCCAUAUUAGAAAGACUGCUGCACAGCCCAAACAUAAAAAUGAGAAGUUAUAACCCGAGGAGCGUAUGCGUAACAAAGAGUUUAAUACUUUUACCAACGAGGGAAUUAGCCCUUCAAUGCUACGACGUUGUUAAGAGCAUGACGAAAUACGUGUCAAUUACUUAUUCACUUUUCUGUGGAGGAAUAGACGUAAAGCAACAGGAAUAUGAGUACAAAAAGAAGAAGGACAUUUUCAUUUGCACUCCGGGAAGGAUCCUAGACUUACUAUUAAACUCGUCUAGCGAUUUUAUAAACUACCUAGAAGUGGUGGUGUUCGAUGAGGCUGACAAAUUGUUGGAGCUGGGGUUUAAGGAGGAAUGCUUAAAAGUGUUAGAUGUAUGUAAGUUUAAGAAGCAGAUUUUAUUUUUUUCAGCUACGCUAACUAGGGAUAUCAAGGAGCUAGCGAAUUUUUCUCUUAAGAACCCAAUUUUUAUACAAAGCGGAGUGGAUAAUAGAAAAGUAGAUGCAAAGGGGGAAGUUAUCCCCAGCUAUGUUAGCAAUAAAAAAAUCUUAAAGUCUUUUAAAAUUUCAGAAAAAUUAAAUCAAGAAUUUGUAAAUAUUGUAAAUGAAAAGUAUAGGAGAGCAGCCCUACUACAUCUCUGCAGUAAUGUGUAUAAGAAUCAUGCCAUAAUUUUUUUUAAGACAAAAAAAGAGACACAUCUGAUGUAUUUAAUCUUUUCCUUGUUUAAUUUCAAAUGCGCAGAGUUACAUGGUUCGCUUACUCAGAAGAAGAGAAUAGAAUCCAUUUUGAAAUUUAAAAAAAAUGAAGUGGACUUUUUAUUAUGUACCGAAUUGGCUUCUAGAGGACUGGACAUCGAUCAUAUUCUCUACGUCAUUAAUUAUAACUUACCCUCGAACGUUAUUAAGUACGUCCAUAGGAUUGGAAGAACGGCAAGGAUUGGGAAAGACGGUACGGCCAGUACUCUCUACAGACCUAAUGAAAAAGCGGAUGUGAAAAAGAUCAUUAAGGGGUUGAAAAAAAGCAAAAAUGCCAAAAUAUUUCGCAGGAACAUAUCCAGUGAUAGCAUUUCCCACUGGGAUGAUUUGCUUAGGAAGAAAAAAAAAAAAAUUAAAGAAAUGAUAAAGGAGGAAAAGGAAAACAAAGAAAUUGAUAAAGCCACCAAGUCCAUAGAGAAAAUUAAAAACCUCAUUCAGUUUAAGGACGAAAUUAUGAGUAGGCCUCCCAGGGAGUGGUUCCUGACGAACAAGGAAAAGCUGCGCCUACGGAAGUUGAACAUGAAGAGUGACAUGUCGUGUGGGGACUCUGGUGGUGAAGACCAUACUGGAGGGGGCAGCCCUCGUAAAAGUGACUCUGAUAAGAAGGGCGCCCGUAAAAAUGACACUGGUAAGCAACGCGCCCGUAAAAGGGACUCUGGUAAGCAGAACACCCGCAAGGCCAAAAGGAAAAGCCGAAACAGCGAUGAAGAGGACGACAGAAGCAAGCUCAAAAGUUAUCGCUCCAUUAUAAGAGAGCUGAAGCUGAACGUGCUGGUGAACGGCAAGGGGAAACCGGACAAGUCGAAAAAUGCCAAGGGGGUUAGGAAGAACUGGCAAAAGAAUAAGAGCGGUAAAAGCGGCAAGAGCGGCAAGGGCGGCAAGAGCGGCAAGGGCGAUAAGAACGAGGACAAGCCCCCCCGCAGCGCAGUUCAAAAAAAGGAAAGGAAGAUACAGAAAGUGAUAUAUGAUCUGCAUUAG